CUUCUUUCCACCAUUUACUUCCUCUUCUGAACUGAUGAAGACGCGGUUCUGAGCGCUGAUGGCCGUCGUCUAUGCUGACCUGAGAUUUACCAGAGACCCCUGCCGGACCACAGGCGUCACCCAGGAGCCGACGGAUGAAGACGGGGACAUUACGUACGAAAAUGUCAUCGACCCGAAACAAAGGGAGAAUCAGAACCAGUCACAGAGGACGAGUCCCAGAGGCUUGCGGACUCGUCCUCCAUGUGGUACUAUCACUCUCAUCCUGCUCAGCUGCGCUCUCCUGGCUGCCGUCAUCGGGCUCUCUGUACAGUUAUCUCAGGUGUCCGGACGUCUCCUUAGCACAGCAGCCACAUUACAAGAACUACAGGGAGAUCAUGAAGACCUCGGCUCCAGAUUCACCGAGAAUAACCAGAGAACAGACUCCAUGCUCCAAAUGCUUCAGGAGAACCAGAGAGAACUGGAGAAGACCAAGGCUGAGCUGCAUGAGGUGCAGGAGAAGUGGAAGACCUCCACACAGGAGUUACAGAGAAUGAGAAGGGAGAAGGAAGACACAGAGACCACACGGAACUCCUUGCAAAAUCUUCUCCUGAUAGCCAAAAAUGAGCUGAGAGGGAAACAGGAGGAGCUCACACAAUGUGAGGACAACCUCAGAUCAGUCCGUACAGAGAAGACGACAUUAGAGAGGUCGCUGACUCAGACAAAAACCUCUCUCGCAGAAACCAAGAGGAAACUCUACUCAACAACAAUGACAUUAAACCAAAAGAUUACAGAACUUAACAAUGUAAGACAAUCCCUCCAAGAGACACAGAAGAACCUGGACAACAACAGAAGAGGAUAUUCAGAGCAGCAAAAGAAGAGGCAGGAAGACCUGGAGCAGAGACUGAGCGAGGCUGGAAGAUGCUUAACCAGUAGAGCCUGUUCAGACAUCGUGAACAUUGACGAAAAUACAUCUGACUCCUUUAACUACUGCCCCUUGUGGUGGCAUCAGAUUGAUGAGAUGUGUUACUACUUCUCCAGUCAGAAGAAAGCGAGAAUUGAUGCUGAAGUAGACUGCACAAGCCAAUCAGCCUCACUGGCCAGAGUGGAAGAUGAGCUCAUCGAGCUGCAAAAUCUGAUUGAGAGCACAGGAGAAAGUUACUGGAUCGGUCUACAUAGAGAGGAUGACUCCUGGAAGUGGCCGGACGGAUCCAUCAAAAAUGAUUUCCAGAAGAUAGGCAGCCAUUAUUGUGUGAAAGCAAGUCCCCGGCUGGACCCGGCCUCGUGCAGAACUAAGCUGCCCUGGAUCUGUGAAAUGAGGGCCAAGAGAUGCAGCUGCAAGGCUGAGGUGGUGCGCUGUCUGUGGGAGAAGAUUGGAGCAUUCGGACAGGAUCGCCAGGAGCUAUAAUUCUCUGCCAAUAUACAUAUUACACAGAUGGGUAAUAAGUAUGUGCCCCCAUCCUGAUGUCUCCUAUUACUCCUAUGCUGCCAGGGGCGUAACUAAAGGCUCCUGAUGGAAAACUUCAACUUGGGCCAUCUGCACCACCCCAACUGCAGCCCAUCCAUACUUUGUCAGCCGCAUCUCUGGGUCUCUGAAGUGACACCUCGAGGCAGCACUAGCAGAGAGCUUCAUGGCUAGUCAUAAAUGAUAAAGGGGAAUGAUCCUCAAGACAUAGGUUUUGACCUCUUUUUCCUCCCAAAGGGCAUAACUAUGAGACAACUUUUCGAACAUAAGACCAAUAAAAAAUGCCUGCCAGCAGAGGUACUGUUCUGCCCAGCAGGGCUAGAAAAUUAUCUUGGUUCAUUUUCCACAGUUUAAGAAUCAUCUCAGAUCACGUCUAUUUCUUCCCUAAUUCAUUCUGCUGCAAUUCCUGUAUUUCUGUGGUUAUUAGGUUACAGCACCAUCUAGCGGUGGUAAAAAUGUACUGCACUUUGUUUUCUUGUUAAUAAAGAUUAUCAUAUUGUGGGUGGUGCAAGGCAUUGUGGGAGGUGCUAGGCAUUGUGGGUGGAGCUAGGCAUUGUGGGUGAUGCUAGGCAUUGUGGGUGGUGCUAGGCAUUGUGGGUGGAGCAAGGCAUUGUGGGUGGAGCUAGGCAUUGUGGGUGGAGCUAGGCAUUGUGGGUGGUGCUAGGCAUUGUGGGUGGUGCUAGGCAUUCUGGGAAAGAGAAGCCCAGUUUCCAAACUUCAUGUUGCAGGACAUCAGCAGAGCGGUCUCCUGCAUAUCUCCUUUUCAAACCUCACCAUCCUUGUGCAAGCAUAUCUGGUAAGAGACCUAUCUCUGUCUCAGGAAAGAGGUAGUAACUGUUUGUUAGCUAUGCAAUACUAUGUAUAGUAUUAGGGUUUCUCUGUUAAUGUUAUAUUCCAUGUCAUCUAUACUGUAUACAACUUCCUGUAUUGUUAUCGUUUUUCCACACAUCAAAUGCUCCUGUUUUACCAAUAAACAAGUUAGACGACAGAGAACAGUCCUCU